ACUAGUGGGGCUUCCGCUGCUGCUGGUGGUGGUGGUGGUGGCUGCGGCGGCGGCGGCGGCGGCAGCAGCGCGUGGGCUGCACGAACCUGGACCCUUCCCUUCGAGCCUCAAGUGCCGGAGCACCACGUCCCAGGGUGUGCACGUUCCAAGGCCGCUGCGGGCUUGAUUUCCGUUUGGAGGUCCACAGCUGCACCAAAAGAAAACCAGCAAUCCCCUGUAUGAGGAGCCUCCAUUGGUAAGUCAUUGUUUUGCCUUUUGUAACACCUGGGCCUGGUUCUGUUAGGAUCCCACUUGGGUACAGUCAGUGUCUUAGGAGACACAUGAACUCCUGUUCAGGGCAUUAGGGAGAGGUCACACUACCUUCUUAGUUCUUGGCCUUGUGUGUCCUGUUUUGUUUGCCUUUUCUGUUUCUUUGUUCUGAGAAUUCUGAGGUGUGGAUUUGGGGUGACUGGAAGACAAAAUGGGUAAUAUGACUAGUAAACCCAAUAUACGGGACUCCCCACUGCCUUGCCCCUGUCAGUGCCCACCUGUAUCCAAACCCCCAUCUCAGCCCUCACCACCUCGAUCCAAACCUCCAUCUCAGCCUUCACCUCAAUCCAAAUCCCCAUCUCAGCCCUCACCCCGAUCUACACCCCCAUCUCAGCCCUCACUACCUCGAUCCAAACCUCCAUCUCAGCCUUCACCUCGAUCCAAAUCCCCAUCUCAGCCCUCACCCCGAUCUACACCCCCAUCUCAGCCCUCACCACCUCGAUCCAAACCCCCAUCUCAGCCCUCACCACCUCGAUCCAAACCUCCAUCUCAGCCUUCACCUCAAUCUAAAUCCCCAUCUCAGCCCUCACCCCGAUCUACACCCCCAUCUUGGCCCUCACCACCUCGAUCUAAACCCCCAACUCAGCCCUUACCUCGAUCCAAACCCUCACCUCAACCUCACUCCCGGUCCUCUCCCCUCCCCACAUCCGAUCGGGAUCAGGAGUUACUUCCUUAUACUUCGCGACAGCAGCCCCAGGCCUCCUCUCUCACCAGGUCUCCCGCCACCCAUCUCUCUAGCUGGAACACCCAGACCUCCCCUUUCAGCACAGACGGGAGCUGUCUAGUCUAUGUACCUUUAACCACCGCUGACCUCUUCAAGUGGAAGAUGCAGUUCCCUUCCUUUAGCACAAACCCAAGUUCCCUGAUCUCCUUAAUGGAGUCUAUCUUUUCCAUCUACUGUCCUUCUUGGGAUGACUGUCAGGAUAUCUUAGCUGUCUUCUUCACCUCGCAAGAGAGGAGCCGGAUUCUGACUGGGGCAGUGAAAGCAUUUGUCAGAAUGAACACAGGGAGGGGCAGGUGGAGGGCAGAAGAAGCUGACUGUUUCCUACCUCCAUUUCGGUGGAGUCCUGACUGGAACAAAAGAACGGAAGAAGGUAGGAGAGCGCUCAGUAAUUACCACAAGGCUUUGUUAGAGGGAAUGAAGCUGGCAACCCGGAAGCCCACUGACUUCCUCAAGGUGAUGUGUACUAGACAGGGUCCAAAGGAAUCACCUCUCCAGUUUCUCGAACGCUUGCUGGAGGUGUUCCGAGAAUACACGCCCAUAGAUCCAGACGACCCGGUAAACUUCAAGGAGUUUAACCAAACCUUUGUAGACCAUUCGGCCUCAGACAUACGUAAUGCAAUCCAAAGAGUCUAUGGGUUUGAAGACAUGACUAGGUUUGAAUUAUUGAAAAUAGCCCAGAGUGUGUUUGACAAUAGAGAGAGUGAAGAAGUUAUGAUAAUAAAAACAGUGGUGAAUGCUGUGAUGAAUUCACAGCUUUUCUAUGGUAACUUCAAUCACCGUCAGAGACCACAAAGACUACGGAGAGACCAAUGUGCUUACUGCAAGAGAUUGGGGCACUGGAAACACGAAUGCCCCAAUCGAAGGCAGGUCUGCCCCCAUUGGGGCCAGUUUUAGCUUUAAGAGCAUAGUAGGGCCAUAGCUCUUUACAGUUAGGCCCCCAGGAGCCUAUGGUACCCUCUUUAGUUGGGGGCCAAUCUGUAAAUUCCAAUGAGGAACUUUCACAUUUUGGUAUUACAAAAAUCCUUGGGGUCCCUCACCGGGAGUGUCGGGUUUAUACUGUUCUGGAUCUAAAGGAUGUAUGUUUUCAAUUCCUUUGUCAAAACUGAAUGUCUCUUUGCAUUUGAAUGGGCUGACCUUGACCUGGACCUCUAGGUUACUACUACUCCCCUAAAUGCCAAAAAGGCUAUGUUGCCCCCAAGGGCACUGUACCUGAUGAAUUUUGGGAAGUGGAAUUUAUACAGAAAUCUAGCAAGGGCCACAUGGAUAUAAUGAAUACUUCCUGGUUUUUAUCAACACUGUCUUGGACUGGGUAGAGGCCUUUCCAACCUCAAUGGAAACAGCCCAGAUAGUAGCUAAGAAAUUAAUGAUGGAAAUCAUCCCCAGAUGUGGCCUCUCCUUAAUUUUGGGGUCUGCCAAUGGCCUGGCCUUCAUGACCAAACUGUCUCAAAUGACUUCAAAAACCCUCAGUAUAAAUCGGAGGCUACAUAGCUUGUGCCAUCCUCAGAACCCAGGGAAAGUGGAAAGAAUGAAUAGGACCUUAAAAGAAACUCACUGAAUAUAUUCUUGAGACUGAUGGUAAUUGGGUUGACCUCUUGCCUUUUGCCCGCCCCCACUAGGGGUCUGAUGCACCCCCUACUGUGAAAAAUUCACUCCGUUUGAAGUAAUUUAUGGACAGCCCCUCCCAGUGAUCAAGAGCUAAGAACAGAGUCCAUAAUCUCUGAAUCCCUGAAGGGAUUCCAGUUAACUCUGGAUAAGAUCUUUCCUCAAGUCUAGGCUGCCCAAUUAACUGGGCACUGCUUCCCUGACCAGCUGUGCCAACCUGGUAGCACUCACUGCCUGGAACCAAGGUGAUGCCCUCUAUCAGGAUUCUCUGGAUGCCCUGUGCUAUUGAGUUGCUGCUACUCACAUCUCAAGAAGACAGCAGAGGAUCCGGGGAAGAAGAGGGCCACCACAAAUGGAAAUUAAUUGAAUGGGAUCACUUCCAGGUUAAGAUCUCUAAGGUUUAAUGUGUUCUUGCUGACCUGCUUUUACUCCUUUUCUUAGAUUAUGGAAGCCAUGUUGUUAGUCUUGAUCUGCUGGGUUAUGUCCUUACCCUGGAACUUCAGCUGUAUAUAAUAACUCACAUGGACAACCCACUUAGAAGUAGGAACUUAGUCUCACUGACACAGUUCAGGUGUUGGACACCAUUUUGGUUUUUUGUUUGUUUGUUUCUGUUUGUUUUUUGGUUCCUUUGUGUAGCCCUGCUAUCCUGGAACUCAAUCUGUAGACCAGGCUGGCCUCGAACUCAGAAAUCCGCCUGCCUCUACCUUCCCACGUGCUGGGAUUAAAGGUGUGCGCCACCACUGCCCGGCUGUUGGACACUGUUAUAACUUCCGACCAGCCGAAUCUGAAAACUGAAUGGGCUGUGGACAUUUACAAUUGGAGAAAAACUUAGGAGGUAUCUUGGUUUACAUCUGUCCAGCCCAGGGCAGCAAAUCCUGGCAGGGCACUAAAUGCCUAUCGCUGUGUCUCUUGGGGCUCCAAAACUGUCACCCCACCUGCCCUAAGGCAGAUCAGGACAUUCUUACCAUAACUCCCAAGCCCUCUAAAACCAACUCUUAAUUGUCAGUUAGGGUCAUGUAACAUUUUGUAUACCCCUCCCCACCUCCAACCUAAACUCUGGAACAUUUUUGACUCUUUUGGAGUGUACGAAGAACGUGGGGAAUUUGACCAUAUGUCAGGGGCUGGAUCCCAGUCCCUCAUUUAUCAUGCAGUGAUCAAGGUUAAGACAAGAACUUAAACCCACAGUCCCCAGUAGAGACCUUGAUUCCUCAGGUUCCUCCCGCAUGCCCAUGUUCCAAAGACUCCAACUACCGUCUCGCCUGUUUCUAACCUCUGCUCUAAAACCUGCCUGUUUUCUAGGCUCUCCUGAGCCACCUCCAUCCACUGGCCCCAUGGAAGUUCUACUCCUGACUGUGCUAACCGCAACCUUUCCCUCACCAUCCUAUACCUAACCUGACGCAGGACUGAUGGUUUUGCCUCAACCCCAAACCCACCUAUUAUGUAGGAAUGACUUACAAUCCCUAUAUUGCCACGAGCUUCUGCCGAGGCCUGCUCCUGGUCCUGGCCCCAGCUACCCCUAGAUGAGGUCCAAGGACAAGGACUGUUUCCGGUCAGACACUUCAGGCUCCCUAGCUUGUCCAUAGUUGUAUACUUGUGCAACCAUUAUUUAGCAGCUGACUAGCAGAGGUACCCAGAGUCAGCGGCUAUUCCUUUUCACCUGUGCUGAUGCUUGGUGGCCUGAUACCAGCUAUCACAAGUGCUUGAUGGUCUCCCGCAUUGUCCCCGAGACACAUCCUCGCUUGUGUCCUUCCUCAGGUUGACAUUUCUGAUGGGGAUGAAGGCUGACUGCAUCUAGCCAAGACACCUGACCACCCUCAGCCAAAGCAGGUGGUUCUCCUGUUAGUCUCAUGCUUAGUGAAUUCAGGGAUUGUAGGGCCUGCAGCACUAGGAACAUCAGCCCCGGUCCUGCAAGAUCAGGGUUCAAAACUCUGAAAGCUAAAGUUAGACAGGAUUUAAAGUUAUUAUGAAAGACUUGGUCCAUAGAUAGGAAGAUUAGGUGGAUUCUCUGGCAGAAAUAGAUUUAUAGAAUAGAAGGUUUGACUUCCUCUUCAUGAAAUAAGGAGGCCUGUGAGGAAACCUGCUGUUUUUAAGCUGACCAAUCAGGCAUAAAAGAAACUUAAACUGUUUCAGAAACAAUCUGAAAACCAAAUAUUUAGACAAACAGGAAGGAAGCAGUUGGUGCUAGUCCCUUUUUGACCUGUCACCCUGCCUAGCCACCCUGGCUUCUGCUGCCGCAGGUCUCUUGAUACUCCUAAUGUUUCCUAUGACCUUCUGGUGCCUUACAAGUCUUCGGGACAAAUAGAGAAUGCUAAAAUGCUUGCCUUCCGCUGCCACUAGUAACCAUUAGCCAGAAAUGGUAGGUAGCUUCCUUGCAAAGAUGACAGGAGCACCUAAGACAGGGGAAUCAGAAACCAGUCCAAGCCGGGCGGUGGUGGUGCACGCCUUUAAUCCUAGCACUCUGGGAGGCAGAGGCAGGCGGUUUUCUGAGUUCGAGGCCAGCCUAGUCUACAGAGUGAGUUCUGGACAGCCAGAGCUACACAGAGAAACCCUGACUCGGAAACAAAACAACCCCCCCAAAAAACAAGGCCAAGAGUCAUUUUGAGGCUCUGUUUACUGUAAAACUUAUGUUUCAAUUUCUGUUUCUCGGAAAACAAAGAAUGCUUUGUACUAGAUGUUCCACGAAGAUUUCCUUGACUACCUUGUUUAUCCUGCUUGCAAAAUUCCCCUCCUUUAAGUUCUGUCCUACAACUGUCCCACAAGCCCCAAAGAGAGGUGGGAACAUAGGUAGGUUAGAGCUGUUUUCUAGAACUCAGACCUUCUGGAAAGAUGGCCGCCAGAUUGGCUGUGCUGUGCCCUGUAAGCAAGUAAGGCUUGCUUUGAAUAAUUUGUGGCCAGUGGUCUUUCGUCAGUCAGUGGGACUGACAGGCCUUCUGCAGGGGUACUCCUCAGCCCAGCUUGGGGGCUCUGCUCUGCUAUGAGCUCCCUACCAAGCAAGGGAAAUGUUUAGCAAAUGGAGUUUGCCUGGGAGCUGCUCCCACUCCCUAGGAGUGCUUGGAACGUUGAGUCUGCCAACACUCUUCCAAAACUUACAUUGCUGUGAGAAAGAGGAGGCUGCUUGCCUUUGAGGAUGUCCCUUCCCCCCUCAGCAGGGGUCCCAUGGAGGGGUUAAACAGACAGGGUCUGCUUUGCAGGAUUCCUCCUGACUGGGGAGGUGUUGGUCAAGGGAGACAUACUCCUGGAGUGACACACACACACACACACACCCGUACCCGCACGCGCCCAGGAAUGCGGUGACCAGCCUGCUAGGGCCUCAGCCAGCCUCCCUUGCUCAACCCACCCAUGCCUUGCCUGCGCUCCAGAACUCUGCUGCGGUUGGCUGGCAGGCUUAACCUGGUCUCCUUUAGAGUUGUAUUAGAAGCUCCUUUUUCCUAUUGGGGGAAUUGUGCCUCUUGGGAAGAAAGCCGCCUUUAGAUGCAAACUGCUUCGAGGACCCCCAAAGGCCAUUCCCACAGUAUAAGCCAAAGAGGACUUUUAGAGUCAGUGUAAAAGCAGUCAGACAAUCCUUCAACUUGGGACCCUCUGGCUCCAGGGUAAGAGCCAGAUAUGUUUUAACUAACUCAUUGGGAAUACCUGAGGCUCGCCGGUGUGUGUCCUAAAGACAGCCUGGUCGUCACUGGGGACCCUAGCCGCCGGUUUUGGAGAGGUUGGUACCAUGUGAUAGUCACUGGAAAUGCCAGCCACAGUAAAAUGGAGCCAGCUGGGACCUAAAAGACUGUGUGUGUUGCCAAAGGUGGGCGCAGAAAGAUGACCCAAGCCUCCUGGGAAAGCCCAGAGUUGUGAGUGAAUUCCAGAAUUUGAGCAUUGAUUUGUUUACACUGUGGGAGUUUGGUUUUUCACUUGAUUGUGCCUUUUUUUCCCUAUUGAAUUUGAAUUUUUUUUUUUUAAAGUACUUUAUUUUUUGAUAUUGCCAGAACACACAGUUGAGAGAUUUUUUUAAACUUCUUUAAGAGGAAAUUUUGGAGUUUUAUAGAAAGUUUAAAUUUAAAAAGCUGGACUUUUUUUUUUUUUUUUAAGAACAGCUUUUUAAAAUUGUUAAAUUUAUGAAGCUAUGGGACAUUUUAGGUUUAUAACUGUUUAUAUUAUUAAUAUGUGAUCUUAAAAGAAAGAAAGGCUAGAGAGUUAAUGCUAAACACUGGACGCUAAAAACUAGGAUAUUCCUAUCUUGUGAAGCAGCGAGACAGUGACCUAAGCGGUCAGGCAAAGCCUGUCUGCCAAAGAGAUGGGAGCAGCGGCUUGCAGCCUGUGGGUCGCUGUGCACUGCAGUGCAUGACAGCUGCAGUAGCUGUGGAAUGGCAGUAAGAAUGAUAUUUGACUUGGGGACUGUGUUGAAGAAUUCAGCAAUAGGAAGACUUAGAGAAUGUCUCUCCUUACCUAGGUCUAUUCAGGGUUAGGUAUAUGUGCCAGAAGCAGCUAUGUGC